CUCUCCUUUUUCUAUCUAAUCUGUUGCUUAUUCGCACUGAUGCAGUCAACCAUGAGGGUGAACAAACGACAGCCUAUCUCGGUGACUUCCUUACCAGUGGCAACAGAGAAGACUACCUCUCUUGGAAAUAAAGGUCACAUACACAUUCAGUCAUCGACUCCUUUGCAUCAUCAAUCUCAUCAUCCAACUGCCCAACCGAUCGAACAAAGUAAUGCCUUUCGCGAUUAUACUCAUCGACCUUCAGUGAAUGAAUUCUACUCUCAGACCAAUCACGAACCUGCCGCUGAUAUCCAUAACCAUACCCAUGGAGUGUAUCAUUCUGGGCACAACCAUUAUCAUGUAGAACAACCUCAGCAACAGCCUUAUCAAGUAGAACAUCUUCAACAGUACGACGAGAAACGUCGACAACAGGAACAUCAACAACAUGAAGAACUUUAUCAAGAAAACAUUCACGAUCAUUCUCAUCAAGGCCAUUCUCACCAUGAUCAUUCUCACCAUGACCACUCUCAUCAUGAUCAUUCUCACCUUGUUCAUUCCCAUAAUGAUCACUCUCACCAUGAUCACUCCCACCAUGAUCACUCACAUCACGAUCAUUCACAUCACGAUCACUCUCACCACGAUCACUCACAUCACGAUCAUUCACAUCACGAUCACGAUCAUGACCAUCAUCAUCAUCAUCAUUCUUAUCCUCCUGUAUUUACGCCUCCUCUCCCAUCAUGGAGUGAAUUAUUCUCGACACUUUCGCCUGCUCAGAAAACGGUUUUCACUUGGUUUAUGAUUCAUUCCUCUAUUGGUAUUUGGGUUUAUUGCGUUGGUACAGCGAAUGAGAAUCUUGCAGUGGUUGGCUUUUCAUAUUUGGUGAUUUUUGAUGCACUUGGUGUUCUCAAUUCUUUUGUCUCAAGUAUCAUUCGAACCAGUCCUGCCUAUGGUACCUCAAACACCAAACGUCCAUUUGGUGCUCAUCGAUAUGAAAUUGUAUUUGCUAUGGCAACGACUGUGUACCUUUUAUUUGCCACAAUGCAUAACACGAAGGAAUCAUUGGAACAUUUCUUAUUGGAAGGACAUCAUGGUGGUGGAGAACAUCAUGAAACAUCAUUUGAAUUUGGCAUGUUUUUGGCAAUGAUUUGUGCUAUUGGUACGUGCUGUCUAGCCAGUGUAGCUCUUCGAAACCAUGACAACUUUGUUCGAUUUUUACGACGUACACCACCGACGGUCCAUGGAUUUUCAUAUAAUGUCAUCAAUCGUGCACGGGGAAAUCCUAUUCAUGUGAUAUUAUCGAAUGUAUAUUCAUUCUCAAUUGUCAGUAGUGGCUUGAUGGUAUUAUUCUUCAAUAUGUUUGGAUUGACGACAUCAUCUAUGGAUAAGCUAUUGGCGUUGGCUGAAUCUGUGGUGAUGUUUUAUUUGGGAUACCCUACAGCAAAAGCGUUAUCAAAUCUUCUUCUUCAAACGACGCCAAAUACUGUACGGAAUGGUGUGGAAACUCGGUUACGUGAAAUCCGACAAGAUCCAAAUAUUGUAUCUGUAGAACGUGUCCAUUUUUGGCAAAAUACUUAUGGUCGAUGCGUUGGCACCUUGGAAGUACAAAUUCGACCAGAAGCAGAUGAACAAGCAGUGUUACAAUUCGUAUAUCAAAAGUUGGAAGGAUUGACAAGUAGUAGCACAGAUAGUUAUGAUGAUGGUGGUAGUGGACAACCUAGUGAAUUGACAGUUAGUAUCAUCAAGAUUUAGAUUAGUAUAUUUUCUUUUUGAUUCAAUAAAGUGCACAUUUCUUUUUGUUUUAUUGUUAUUCUCAAAGUUGACAUUUUUUUUUUCUUUUUUGUUGGCUGACUUGAUUGCUGCAGUGAAACGUU